AUGGGGCGCCUGCAUACAUUCGUGGUAACGCUACGAAGGGAAACUCGCGAUACCAACUGGGGUCUCCGGCUAGUGGGCGGGGCGGACCUCGCCACCCCACUCAUUGUCACGAGGGUAACCCCGAGUUCACCGGCGGGUCGAGAGCUGGCCAGAGGAGAUAUCAUAGCAAAGAUUGACCAUUACGACGCGCGAGACUUACGACACGAAGAUGCACAGAACCUCUUUAAAAACGCUCCCAACCAGAUAAAGCUCGUAGUGCAAAGGGAGGAGGAACGUGAGGGCCCGCGAAGAAAUCAGUUCGCACCGCGCUCCCCAAUUGCUAACGCUGUCCCGCCACCCUUCAGGACAGCCAGCCCCAUGCCCGCACCAUGGCGCGGCCCCGAGUCGUUGCCACGAAGCACGCCCGUGCCGCCGCAGUCCCACUAUCCUGUACAGUCGCAGGCACACUUCCCGGUGCAACAAGAGGGCGAAUACAGGACCUUAAUGCUUUCCCCUACUUCAAAUCGCACCGAUGAGACCGUUGAUGAAUCUAUACAAAGCCAGGGAACGACUGGAGACGCAGUCCGCGAUCACACGCUCUACGACACGUUCGCGCUACAAAGUGAUACAAAUAAAAUGGCGCUCAACCCAAACUUCUUCCCCAAUGGUUACCAGGAUCCUAAGCAUCCCGAUGAAGAAGUCGUCGGCAACUGGCCCUACCGCACUACUCCAUUAGUGCUGCCGGGAGCGAAGGUCCGCCGCGAGCCUGGCCCCACUGAGAGCUACUUGCGCCAUCACCCCAAUCCGGCUAUGCGCGCUCCCCCACACCACGACUACCGCGAUACACUCAUGAAGCAAAAGGUGGCUGAAUCAGUGUUGCAGCGAGUGGUCGGUGAAGAAUCUAAUAAGUUGGUGCACAAGCAGUUCAACUCCCCAAUCAACCUAUAUUCGGAACAAAACAUUGCCAAUUCGAUUAGACAACAGACUUCUCCUCUGCCCUCUAACGGCCAUUACGGACGGCCGCACGUUGUCAAGAGCCACAAGCCCACCGUGCUGUACGACCCCGCCAAGUCGGAGACGUACCGCGCGCUGCAAGAGGACGGGCUCGGGCUCGCGGACGCCGUGCACGAGGAGUCCCGCCCCGUGCAGACCAAGGUCUUCUCGGCACCGGCUACUAAAAAGCCAGCUCCAGUUCCGAAACCUACGACACAGCCAGAAACAAAUGCAAAGCAAACGACCUUCGUGAACUCCUUACACGAAGAGCAUAUACAGCAAUCGAACUCCUUCAAACGCCUCAUGUACAACGUCCUGGGCGAGACAGAGUUC